ACCUUUGCCCAAUCAUUGGAGCCGAACUCUAUUGGGUGUAAAGACCUCUCUCUUCCUAGAAUCUCUCGCCGCUUGGGAAAUCAAGUCUUCAAAAUGAGGCUGUCAUUCUGGCUCCUUCUCCUGGUGUCUGUCAUGGGCCUGUGUUCCGCCGUGCCUGUGCCAGGAAAUAGAAAGGGAGGAUCAGGCUCAGGCUCAAGUUAUGCAAAAAGCGGCAGCGAUUCAGGCGAAAAUAUAAGCCCGGAAUCAACUGAGGACAGUGGCAGCGAGGAGAGUUCCGGCGACGAUGAAAGCCCGGAAUCACCCGAGAAGAGGAGCAGCGGCGAAAGUAACAGCUCAGAUGAAAGCCCGGAAUCACCUGAGGACAGUGGCAGCGACGAAAGUUCCGGCGACGAUGAAAGCCCGGAAUCACCCGAGAAGAGGAGCAGCGGCGAAAGUAGUAACUCAAAUGAAAGCCCGGAAUCACCUGAGGACAGUGUCAGCGAGGAGAGUUCCGGCGAAGAUGAAAGCCCGGAAUCACCCGAGAAGAGGAGCAGCGGCGAAAGUAACAGCUCAGAUGAAAGCCCGGAAUCACCUGAGGACAGUGGCAGCGACGAAAGUUCCGGCGACGAAGAAAACACGGAAUCACCUGAGGACAGCUACUUUACACAUUUCAGGAAGAAGAGCAAGAGUAGCGAAAGUGAAAGCCCGGAAUCACCCGAGGACAGUGGAAGCCCGGAAACACCUGAGGACAGUGAAAGCCCGGAAUCACCUGAGGACAGUCUGUUCCUGAUAAAACAUGGGAAUCUAAGUAGGAAAAGGAUCGCUGCAGCACAUGACCUCGAUCUCAACAAAUUGAGGAGGCCUGUCCUCAGGAAAGCCUAAGAUGCCUCUUCCUGUCGCCGCGUGCCACCGACCCCGAUGCCAGAACACUGCAAGAGAGCCUCCUUCACGUACCCGAAGUUCUAAAGAGAAUUAAAUGCCGACUCCCCCACUCCCGACAUUUUUUUAGGAAUCAAUGAAUGGUCUAAUGAAUAUGCAAAUAGACAAGAGGAAAUUAAGAUUAAAGAAAAGGUGGCAUUUACAUAUCGGUGGAAGGUGCUCGAAUGUUAAGACAUUUUGACAACGAACGACCUUUAAGAAUCUUUCAUUACUUUCAGCACAUCAACUUUUUUUUUCUUUGUUUUUCUUUUUUUUUCUUAUCUUAUUGUGCACGAAAUAUAUUAUUGUUCUCUAAAUAAAUUAACUGGAUCCACGUUUUUGAAAGUAUGAAAUAAAUUGUUGAAUAGC